AUGAGCUUUAAGCCUUUACCAGUACACAAGGUACUCAGUUUAGAUCUCCAAAUAGAGGACACGUUUGAGUUGAUUGAUACAGACAGAGAUGGGCGAAUAUCCAAACAGGAAAUGGUCAAGGCUGCCUCCCUUCUAGGUCUCAACCCCACGGCAGAGGACGCAGAUGUCAUGAUCAAAAUGGCCGACUCAGAUGGUGAUGGCUACAUCAACCGUACGGAAUACACCUCCAUGAUGUCACAGAGUUACUCCUCGAUAGAUCAGGAGAAACAGGCCCUACAGAAGGCCUUUGAAAAGUUGGACAAGGAUGGCGACGGAUUUCUGUCAACAGACGAACUACGUGCAGCUCUACAAUACAACUCUGAUAUCACGGACGACGAAAUAGACAUAUUUUUCAUGGAUGCCGACAAAGAUGGCGACGGGAAAAUUGAUUACACGGAAUUCAUCGACUCCACUUUGUGUGUUUCCUUGGUCUGACGAAGAUGUCUUUUCUUCCGAUCAUAUCAUCUACGUUGUGGUACUGUUAAAACUGUUCAAAACAAAACAUAAGAGUUCAAGUACAUGUAGAAUUGUUUACCAACAGCUUCAUUAAGUAAAUCCACAUUUG